CCUGAUGCGCCGCUCCUUGGGUUCUGAGAAGGGGGCACAAGGGUGGCAACGUUUUGGUUAAGGUUAAGGUGGUACGUGCGUGACACCUCUGUAGUUUUUGAGAAUUUGGGAACGAAGAGCGUCUUCUUUAAGGACUCCUUAAAACACACGUGCAUGGGAUUUAAAUUCCGUGUUAUUUAAAACCCUUGCUGCUAACUACAGAAUUUGAUUUUAGAAGAUACACGCUGGAUCCGACGUGAAGUAGCUAAAUUCGAGGCGGGGUCACUAGGUAGAAAGCUAAUGCAGUAAUCUAGACUCAACUUCAAGGUGUUCUGAACGAGGGAGGGUAGGGGUGUAGGAUUGUGGAGAAGAGGGAAGGCAGUUUCAGUAGGACCUAUGUUAUAACGAACCAUCGGGUGUAGACUAUCUCCUCAUCUUGCUGAGGUUGUGCCAGGUAUGAGUGAUUUCAGCGAAGACUUGCUAAGGCCCGUGACUGAGGAUGACCCAGGGGAACGGAGUGUGGGCUCUGGUUCAGGAAUGCGUUUUCCUUGGUUGCAAAAGCUUGUAGAGAGUGUGGCGACUGGAGGGAAAAAGGAGAAGGAUUUUGCUCAGACAACGAGCACUUGUUUAGGUUUCAUCCAGGAAGCUCUGCUGAAGCACCAGUGGCAGCGAGCGGCCGAAUACAUGCACAGUUACUUCCAGAUCUUGGAGGAUUCAGACAGCAACAAAAGGCAGACUGCGCCCGAGAUUAUAUGGAGACUCGGAAGUGAAAUUCUCUAUUACCAUCCCAAAAGCAGCGUGGAGACCUUCAGCGCCUUUGCUGACAGGAUGAAGAACAUCGGCGUGAUGAAUUACUUAAAGAUCUCCUUACAGCACGCGCUGUACCUCUUGCACCACGGGCUGCUUGACGACGCCAGCAGAAGCCUCAGCCAGGCGGAGACGUGGCGGUACGGCGACAAGUCCACUUCCCAGGAGGUGCUCAUCAACCUCGUUCAGGCCUACAAAGGGCUCUUGCAGUAUUACACCUGGUCUGAGAAGAAGGCAGAGCUGUCCGAGCUUGAUGGGGGUGACUAUGCCCAUCACGCCGUGUCUCAGGGUGUGCUCGACCACGGCUGGAAGACCUCCGCAAACUUCCGUUCGCUGGUCCAGACCCCCGGAGUCUGGGACCCGUUUGUGAGGAGUUACGUGGAGAUGCUGGAAUUCUGUGGGGAUCGGGACGGAGCCCGAGAGGUCCUCACUAAUUACGCCUACGAUGAGAAGUUCCCGUCAAACCCGAAUGCGCACGUCUACUUGUACAACUUUCUAAAGAGAGAGAAGGCUCCAAGGGAGAAGCUCAUAAGUGUGCUGAAGAUUUUGUAUCAGAUUGUGCCAUCUCAUAAACUGAUGUUAGAAUUCCAUAGGUUACUGAGAAAAUCAGAGCAGGAAGAGCACCGCAGGCUGGGCUUGGAGGUGCUGUUCGGAGUCCUGGAUUUUGCCGGAUGCACUAAGAACGUGACUGCUUGGCAAUAUUUGGCAAAAUAUCUCAGACAGACCUUAAUGGGAAAUCACGUUGGCUGGGUUCAUGAGCAGUGGACUUCCAGGAAGAACUGGUGGCCAAGCUUUCACUUCAGCUUCUUCUGGGCAAAAAGUGACUGGAAGGAGGAUAAGGCUUUGGCUCACGAGAAAGCCUUCGUGGCGGGGGUGCUGCUGGGGAAAGGUUGUAGAUAUUUUCGGUAUAUUUCAAAACAAGACCAUCAAGUUUUGAGGAAGAAAAUGAAGCGGAUAAAGAAGUUAGUGAAAAAAUACAGUAUUGUAAAUUCAGGACUCUGAUACUGAAUUUAAGUUAUUUCACAUUAGUAGCUACAGUGUUGUAGCUCAAUAAAUAAUUAUCGAAUGUAUUUAUUUAUUUGGUAUUUUAAGAAGAUAGUUUUUAUAUGGCUACGAAAAGUAAUUUUAUAUAUUUUUCUAUUUUGUUUACUGUUUAUAGAUAGACAAACAGCCUCACUACCUCUGCUCUUUGUAAACAAAUGUUUUUUCCUUUUUUGUACUGUUAGAUGUAACAUUUAUUAAAUAUAUUUGUUUAAUCAGAGAAUAUACCUCUAUGGCAGUCAUUGUUAUCUGCAGGUAAUUUGCCUGACUCUGUGUAACAAAUA